CUUGGCUAUCACCAGCCAUAUGGCAAAACAUCAGAAGUAAAAUUGUCUGUGAACACACAAAGCACACGAAAAAAUCUCGGAAAAAAAACUGUACAAAAUUUAACUUCGCUCUCGACCAGAUUUACAAAAUUUUUUUUUUGGCCAAACUUAAAAUUAGGAAUACAAGAGAACGGUGUGUGUACCAAAAUCAAAUCGUGUUUAGCUAGUUGACGUCAGGAUAUAUGCUACUUUGAUUCGUUAACUAUUUUCAAGUGAUCGGAAGCAAACGCAGAGGCAUUUCUAAUUUGUGCGUUGCGCGACUUUCAGAGAUCGUAGACUCGAUUAACCAUGGGUAAAAAGGGCAAAGGAAAGAAGGGCAAGAAGCCCGCCGCAGUUGUGGCUCCCAUCGAAGCGCCACCAUGUCCUCCGUGUCCGGAACCACCAAAGCAGAUGCAACCACUUGACGCUUGUCCAGAGUCUAGCGGACCCCACGAUGUCCUUCGGGCUCAACCGAAUCAUUACCCGGCUCUUCUUCGUAUUCCGGAAACAAUGGCGGUGGUGGGCUCUGAGAAUGGAUGCUACGAUAGCAUUUGCAAGCUCCUGAGAGCCGGAUUCCGGUGUGCCGAGCGGGUUUUCGUGAUGGCCCCUUGGGGCAACUACGUGGUUUUCCGGUAUCACAACAAUAAUGACUUUAUUUACUUCCUGUUUGAUGGAUGCACCUGCGAUGUUAAUAGGUUCCGCUAUCUAGACCUCAGCUGCGGAACUGCUGGAUUUCUUUUCUUCGAUAAUAUGCACGACGUUAUUAGUUAUAUUAUCCAGUCUCGAAAGACGCGUCUAUAUCUGGAGAAUCUAAACAAGAUUGCCAUUGAUCAGAUUGUGGAGGAGUAUGGCGCUGUAACGUACACCCAAAAGGCAAAAUGCAUGCGAUUCGCUUAAAUAGGUCCCAUAUGAUUUCUAACAAAAGAGGGCAACGCAUACACAACGAGGAUAAUACUGGACGACAAGCUUUGCUCUAAACAUUUAACAUAUUUUGGCACAAUCUUUAUCAAUAAAUAAUAAUCUCUUUGAAAGCAACU